AUGUCCCAACUGAAUCAACAUUUAAUCGAACAGUUGACCAAGACUCCAGAAGAAAUCGCCAAACUGGAACAAACCGAACAGAAAAUUGGAGGUAUCAUCAAUUGGUGCGCCUACAAUUAUCAAAACGCUGAUAAAGCCUCUACUUUUGAAAAGACUCAAGAUUAUUUGGCUGCUGUUUUGACUAAUGUUGUCUUUUAUGUGGAAUCAUCAAGUCGUGAAUUAGAGACACUCAUCGAAUUAGAAGCUCAAGAAAUCAAUCGUAUUGGAUCUGAAAUGACCAUCAUUUACGAUCGUUUAAAAUCUGCUCGUUCUCUGACUGGUCGUGAAGAAUUGACUAAAAUGCAUGCCGUGAAACCCACAGUUCGAACUGGUUUGAAAAAGAGAAGUGUCGAUGUUUCCAUGAACACCACCACCACUACUGGUCACACCAAAGACAUGAAAAUGAGUAAUGGAGAAAUUAAUUUGAAUUCAUGUAGUAAUAUUGGUAUUUCUAUUGGUGGCAGUGACAACUAUUCCAGUAUGAAUAGUACUUCCAUGUCAACCAUGUCAACAACAACAACCAGUACUCCUACCAUGUCAACAAGUAAUAGUUUUUACAAUUCACGUGUCAGUGAGAGUGGUUCUUCUUUCAUUCGCACCACUUCCACUGCUCGAUUGGGAACACCUGUGAAUUUGGAGGUUCCAUCCAGUCCUUCGAGUGGAAAUUCUUCUUCGACACCACCCAUGUCACCUCCUCCUCCACCACCUUCUCAACAACAGCAACCCUCUCGAUCGAAUAUGAGUAUGGGUGUACCACCUCCUCCACCUCCUUCACGAGAACCUCAACAGUACAAUGAUUACAAUAAUAAUUAUUCACCUCCUCCUCCACCUCCUUCACGUCGAGAGGACACUCCACCUCCUCCUCCACCCAUGAAGUCCACUCCUCCUCCACCACCUCCUUCCAAUAAUUUCAAUAAUUCUCCACCUCCUCCUCCACCCAUGAGGUCACAACCUUCAAGUGACAGUUUUGGUGGUGUUCCUCCUCCACCUCCAAGUAGUGGUAGUGGUGGCGUUCCUCCUCCUCCACCCAGUGGCGGCGGUGGUGUUCCUCCUCCUCCAAGUAAAAUGGUUUCACCUCCUCCUCCACCAAAGAAUGUGGAUAUUCCUGAAGAUCCAAGUGGAGGUGGACGUGGUGACUUGUUGGCAUCGAUUCGAGCUGGUAAGGCAUUGAAGAAGGUUCCUCCACCGAAUGAUGCACCAAAAUUACCAAGCAAAACUGAGAUGGGUGGUGGAAGUGCUUCAACAAGCAGCAGCAGUGGUGGUGGCGGUGGUGACAUGAUGUCACAAAUUAUGGCCAAACGUAACAGAAUGAUGAACAAGUAA